GGGGCGCAGCCCGGCUCGGGUGGCGCGGGCGGGGGCGGGCGAGGGGUGCCCGUCCCGCAGACCCUGGGCUGCGGCAUCGGCGAUGGCUCGGGAAGGCCCGCGGGGAGCGGGGUGAAGGUGCUGAGCUUUGCCCGGGGCUCGGGGAGCGAGCUCUGCGCACCCCGCCGUGCAGGGACCGCAGGGUUCUCUGCUGGGGGGGAGUCUGGCUGUCCAGAGAAGAUGAACGGAGCCGGGAGACACUUCCCCGGCACCACUUGCAAAGUGUAACUUCAACUUUUGCCGCUUGAUAAGAUGCUUGGCAGUGGAAACUUUGCAGAUGGGUAUAGGCAGUUCAUUGUGCUCUGUGCUGGGUUGGGUUUGGACUGGGUCUUGGGACAGCUCCGCUAUCACUGGCCAUGGUAAGGAGCAGCCAAAGCUGUUAGAAAGCACAAAUGCUUCUUCUCCUUUUCCUCCCUUACCACCUUGGGAUACCCAUGAUGUCCAAGGGGCAAAUGCCUGGCACAGCAGACACCUACAGCCCAGUGGAGAGUGACACUUGAGAGUUGUGUCUGCGUGGCUGGAUCUGCACAUGGAAGAGCUGCAAAGGAGCACUUAAAGGGAUUGGUGACUGCGUUUGGGCCAAGGUUGUCCAGCAUCACUGACUGGUGGAUAUGGAUGUAAAUUCCAGGACUUGCGUCAACAGCCCAGCAUCAUGAGCCAUCCAUGGCUCUCUGGAGCUGCCAGUGCCUGGAGUUUCAUGGUGACUCGAUGGCUGGAAAAUCAGCAGGGCUGUGCCAGAGGGAUGUACUUAGGUUUCCAUUUCUCCCCCAUAUCGUGUUGUAGGGACUGGAUGUUGGGGUGGGCUCAGGUUUCAGCCUGCAUCAGCGUUCGAAAUGCUGAGCGCUCCCAAAGGGCUGAGUCAGCUCUUUGAAGAAAGAAUCUGUGUGACCAAAUGGGGCACUAGGUCCCACUUGUGGGGUGGGAGGACAGAGAUGAGCAGUGAGAUUGACACGCACUUUGGGGAGAGGCUGUUGGAGUGAAGGUGUGGUAGAUGGCACACGUCUGGUACCAGCCAGAGAUGGGCUGGGAGCCGACAGACAGUGGCAAAGACACCAAAAUCUUCGUGGCUGCAUAUCUUAAAUGGCAAAAGUGGCAAAUGAAAUAGGCUAAUAGCACCAGUAUUUGGUGUUCUGCUUUUGCCAGUGUUGGGCACAAGAUCUGAUGGCCCUGCAGGUGCUGAGGAGCUGAUUGCUGGGCUCAGGGUUACUCCACAGACCACAAUUUCAGAGCCAGGUUCCCUCCCUCCAGCUCCCCCAGAGCCCAUGGGACUCCUCCAAGGUGCACAGAGACAUGUUCUUAAAGGGAGAGUCGUGAAGCUUUCUCUCCCUCAUGUCCAAUGUGCUUUGAUACAAGUGGUCCAGGAGGACUCACUUUGUUUUAAAGUCCCCACAAAUCUUUGUGGCUCAGAUACAUUCAGGCUCCCUGAUGUGCCUCCAGGCAGGGAAAAGCAAAAAAGCCUCUGGUCAUGAUUUAGUCAUGAGACAAAAGCACUAUGAGCUGUGUGCAGGGUUAAAGUGAAAACCCAGCCUAUUAAACUCAUCUUGGUAAUUAGCAUGGGGUGAAGAACAAAGAAAGAGGAUAUUGUAAAGGGGGAAUUGUCAGGGGUGUUAAAUAUUAAGUUGUCUGCUGCCAGAAUUGGAUCCCAGUGGCUGCUUUGUAUUCAUGGUUGAACACUGGAUGAGGUGACUAAGUGGGUUUGGAGCAUCACUUGACACUGAAAACUUUAAAGGACAAAACCGGGCUGCAAAGUCACGAUUCCUGUAAUAAAGGUGAAAGUAUUUAAGGCUGGGCAGAGCUAAUGCCACAGCUUCAACUCCUCUUGCAGACAGAGUGAGGUGCUGGCAGUCUGUCUGCACUUUGCAGAUGAGCUCUUUAUUCACAUGGCCACCUUGGAUUUGGGGUUUAUCCUCCAAGUGCCCAGUGCUGUUUAAUCCUAUCUUACAAAUCAGCCAGCAGCUGUGGGGCAGCUUUUUUCUUUUCACACCAGUCAGCCUCAUUACUCCUCUGGAUCAUGACUCUGCUUAAAAUCACAGGAUUUGGGGGAGAAAACAAAAACCACCCCAAGCCCUGUGUUGGAUUUUGGGUUGGUCUUUUUCUGCGUUUUGCUUUCUGAUGUGGCUCUCCUGUGAGUGCCGGGAGGGGGUGCGCCUUUGCCGGCCCUUCCCGCUCGCCGGGCAGGGCGGUGCGAUGCCAGCCCGGAUCCCUCUCCGGGAGCCGAAGGCGGUGGAAGCAGCGCCCGUGUGCGGCCGCUCCUCCUGGCCGGGCUCCGCUGGCCUCGGCACAGCCCGGCCGGGGGCUUGGCUGCUCUCGGGUCCCUCACGGUGCCCGAGGACACGGCGGUGCCGUGCUGCUCCCCUCCUCCUGCCCGCGGACACCGCUGCUCUCGGGGCGGCCAGCGCGGAGCACCGGAGCGCCAUGGAGAGGAUGCAGCUGCCGGGGACGUGGAGAUGUAGCGGUGUUCCUUUCUUAUGUGCUUAAAAAGACAUCUGUGGUGGAGCCAGGCGGCAGGCAGGGAUCCCCAGGAAGCCGUGGCCAGGAGGUGCAGAGGGUCUCCCCAACGCAGCAGGUCCAGGAACCUCUCAGGCCAGGCAGUGUCCAUCCCUGCUCUGGCCACAGCAAGGACGGUGAAGAGAUGGGUGUUCUGGGACACGGUGGAGGUGGGAGCUCUCCUAACAAUCCGAUGUCUUCUCCUGAGAGCGCCAGGCGUGCUUACUUCCCACUCCACUGGAGAAAGCUCUAAGGAAAGUCCAGCACCAUGUACACCUUCCUGCCAGAGAGCUUCACACCGGUGAAGCAGAAGCCCUCCAAGGAGCUGAGGCCCAUGCUGGGCGCCGUCUUGCUGGGCCUCAUGCUGUUCAUUUCUGCGGUGGUGGCCUGGUGCUACUACACGGUGUCCCUGAGGAAGGCGGAGCGGCUCAAGACGGAGCUGAUGGACCUGCGGGCGGACGGCUUUGUCAUCCGCAACCAGCACGGGGAGGUGGUGUUCCGGCUGGCCUUCCGCUCGGGCAGCCUGGACCUGGAGUCGUGCUCCAAGGAGGGCAAGAUCCUGAGCUGCUCGCGCUCGAGCCGGGGGCCGCUCAACUUCUUCAUCCAGACGGUGAAGCCCAAGGACACGGUGAUGUGCUACCGCGUGCGCUGGGAGGAGCUGGCGGCCGGCCCGGCCGUGGAGCACACCAUGUUCUGGGAGGACGCCCACUGGUACGGGGGCUCAGAGAUGAGCAUCCAGCACUGGCCCAUCCGCCUGGCCGGCUACCAGGAGCCCGUGCCCUACGUGACCAGCGACGUCUACUCCUUCCGCGACAGCUUUGGCGGCAUCCUCGAGCGCUACUGGCUCUCCUCCAAGGCGGCGGCCAUCAAGAUCAACGACUCCGUGCCCUUCCACCUGGGCUUCAACGCCACCGAGCGCGCCCUCUUCUUCCAGGCCCGCUACAAGGACUCACCCUACAAGCCCCCACCGGGCCAGCAGCCCUUCCCCGAGCUCAGCUACCGUGUCUGCGUGGGCUCCGACAUCACCUCCAUCCACAAGUACAUGGUGCGCAGGUACUUCAACAAACCCUCCAAGAUCCCUGCUGAGAACGCCUUCCGAUACCCCAUAUGGUCCACAUGGGCUCUCUACAAGAAUGAUAUUGACCAAGAUAAACUCCUGCGGUUUGCUGAAAAGAUCAAAAAAUACCAUUUUAACUGCAGCCACAUUGAGAUUGAUGACAUGUACACCCAAGCCUAUGGAGACUUUGACUUCGACCCUGUCAAGUUCCCCAACGUAACAGAGAUGUUUGCAAAGCUGAGGGAAGAUGGGUUUAAGGUCACUCUGUGGACUCACCCUUUCAUAAACUACAAUUCCUCCAAUUUUGGUGUGGGAAUUGAGCGUCAGCUGUUCAUCAAGGAGCCAUCAGGGCGGCUGCCAGCCAUGGUGGAGUGGUGGAACGGUAUCGGGGCCAUCCUGGACUUCACCAACCCAGCAGCCCGUGACUGGUUCCAGAGCCACCUGCGCCAGCUCCGGCACAAGUACGGCAUCUCAUCCUUCAAGUUUGACGCGGGCGAGACCAGCUACCUGCCCAAGCAGUUCAGCACCUUCCGCCCGCUGUCGGACCCCAGCAUCUGGUCCCGGCGCUACACGGAGAUGGCCAUUCCCUUCUACGAGCUGGCCGAGGUGCGGGUGGGCUACCAGUCGCAGAACAUCUCCUGCUUCUUCCGCAUCAUUGACCGUGACUCUGUCUGGGGCUACGAGCUUGGCCUCAAGUCCCUCAUCCCCACCGUCCUCACCAUCAGCAUGCUGGGGUACCCCUUCAUAUCUGCUGACAUGAUAGGGGGAAAUUUUUUCCCCAAUAAAACCAAUGGUGCUGUGGAGAUCCCCAACCGGGAGCUGUACGUGCGCUGGCUGGAGCUGUCGGCCUUCAUGCCCUCCAUGCAGUUCUCCAUCCCGCCCUGGCUCUACGACAAGGAGGUGGUGGAGAUCGCGCAGAAGUUCACGCAGCUCCACGAGUCCCUGGUGGCCCCGCUGCUGCUGGAGCUGGCGGGGGAGGUCACCGACACGGGCGACCCCAUCAUCCGUCCCAUCUGGUGGAUCUCGCCCCGCGACGAGGCCACUCACCGCAUCGACUCCCAGUUCCUCAUUGGGGACACCCUCAUGGUGGCUCCUGUGCUGGAGAUGGGCAAGCAGGAGCGGGAUGUCUACCUGCCCGCGGGCAAGUGGCGCAGCUACAAGGGAGAGCUGUUUGAGAAGACCCCAGUGCUGCUCACCGACUAUCCUGUUGACUUGGACGAAGUUGCCUAUUUCCUCUGGGUUUCCUAACAGGCUUCUUAAUCAGCUUUGGAAUAACCAUGCCUUACCUAGGACUUUCUAACAAAUAAUAACUCUAAUUGCACAUUUCAUUUGAGACUGGGGUGGAGGAAGGGAACUAAAUAGACUUCACUCUUCUUGGGGAUAAUUUUUUUUUUUUUAUUUGGGGAAUUGAUCUGGAUUUUUUUAAUUUGGGUCUGGUGGUAGGCUCUGAUUGGAUUACAAUAGGCAGCAAUUUAUCUGUAUAGGUCAGAACAGAGUUGUCAGUCUGUCUGCAGAUAUGUGGUAAACCCAAUACCUGUUCUGUUCUCAAGGAUUUCAAGAGUUGGAAGUUGCUUAGUGCCAGUGAGAGCAUUCCUAGUCUUGUGGGAGCACCUGGCACUGGGUAUAAGGGUGUGUGCUGUGGGAGGAUUGCUACAGCACAGCCUGCCAUUAGUUUUUUAAUAUGGCAAAUAUAUUCAAAUGAAUAUUUUUAAGUGCAUAAAGCAAAAUAGAGUUACAUAGAUAUAUAUAUAUAUAUAUAUAUACACACACACACACACACACCCCUAUUUUUCCCCCUUUUGCCUGGAUGGCACUGGACUAACAGUUGCCCCAUGCUCCUGCUUUCCUGGGUACCAGGCAGGCCAGGUCACUCAAGUGAUGUCCACCUGUUUUAACUGAAUAGGUUGCUUAUUUCCUGCUGGGACAGCUGCAUCCCACCUGCUCACCCAUUUGACUUCCUCUGCAAGGCUCUUGCCUGUGUGUUUUGCCCGGGGCGUCAACAUUGCCUUUCCUUGAGCAGCACCGCCUGUACCAGCAUGUCCCAUUUUUUAAGGCACUUAUGACCCCACCUCGUUACAUGAUUAUCCUGCUGAUGCCAUCCUUUUUGGUUUUUAAGGACAGAUGAGAUUUGUUGCUGGCAGAAGGGCUGCCUGGAGCAAAGCUGUCCUCAGACACUCGGUGCGGCGCGUCCCUGGGAACAGCCGGUUCCUGUGAACGGCACGUGUCGUGGAUUGACAGUGCCGUUUGCCGACAGCCUGGGGGUGGAAAACACCCGCUCUGCUCACUGAUGGGUCUGUGCCAGCGGCUGUUCUCACUGCACCCAUGGAGAAGUUCUCAUCUAACGUGAAGUUAAGCUAAUGCCCAUCUCAGGUCCCAGUUAGAGGUGAUGAUUUUGUUGGGGGUUUUCCUGAGUCAGCCCUCCUCUCUCACUGGGAGAGUCCCGGGGAGCUUUCUCAGGCAGUGUUGGUGUUGCUGGAGGUGGGACUGCUGUCAGAGGCUCGUGGAGGGCACAUGGGGUGAUGUCAUCCUGCACCCCAAGUCCCCAGCAGCUGCAUCUUUGGCAGAUUUUUCAUUUGGUUUUGUAUGGGAAAAUGCAUUUACAGAGACCCAAGGCAGGGCCAACAGGAUUGAAGUCUUCCCAAAUGCAAGAAUUCCCAGCUCUGUCCCAGGUGGGAACAUGUGUCAACCCCUGAAUUUUUGAUAAGCUUCUGCAGAAUUGAAUUGAAUUGUGAUGGCUAGAAAGGGUUGGGCAUCUUGCCCAGGCUACAGCUGGCCAAGGACAGCUCAGGAUCUGUGGGGCUUCUCCUGGAAUUGUGUCUGGGCUGGGCAUGGCUCUGGCGCAAGUCGGCCAUGCAGAGUUGGUACAUGUUUUUGGUAGGGCUGGGUACCUAUCCAGUGAGGAUCUUUCUCAAAGCCCAUCUCCAGCCACAGAGCUUUUCAGGAGGCAGAAAAGGAGAUGCAAUAAGCUUGAGGGUUGUGAUGAGGUGAAGGAGGAGAAAUUUCAGUGUUAGGGGCAAAAUCUGAAGUGCUUUUGUAGUUAGGAAGUGAGGAAGUCUGGUUUGAUGGACUCCCUUAAGACCUGAAUUUGCCCUGUAUAAUUUACUCUCAAAAUGAGAUGUAGGGGAGCCUUACAGGUCCCUGCCCAGCUGGAGCACAAGUGUUUCCUGAAGCCUGUUUGUUUAUCAGGUUUUUAAUUCUGAAGGGUUCAAGCUUCUUCUCUGCUACUGGUGCAGAUACUGGUGAUGUUACAAGUUACAGACACCCUCUGGCAAGGAAUUAAUCCUGGAACCUCAGUGUCACUCAUCAGGGCACUGGCAGGACUUGGCCCUUGCUUGCCAAGGGUGAUGUUGAAGGGGAGGAGAUGAGUCUGGCCAAAGCCUUUAAGAAGGGCCAAGUGUGGAGGGAGCUUCUGCAGCCCUAGAAGUGCAUGAAGACCGUACUUUGAGGGUCUCCAGCUCUUCCCUUUCAACCUUUGCUCAUGAAAUGCUUGUCAUCCCUUGGUAUGGGACUCAUUAUGAUGCCUUAAGAGGCUACCUGGAACAGAGGCUAGACAGUAUUAAAGGAAUAGUUAUUUAUUAGAAAGGCCUUCAAAGGAUGCACUUUGGGCAGUACAAGGGUCUGGCCGUGGCUCCACCCAAGACGGAUGAUGAGUCACGAGUUUUCACAUUUUUUAAGUUUUGGUCCAUUUCCAUAUUGGGGUUAAUUGUUCAAUUACAGCUUCAGGUUAUGAAGUCCCAUCCUCCCAGAUUGCUCUCCUCAAUUCUCUGUUUAUACUUUUUGGGCCUGAAGCUGCAACGGUGUCCUUGAUUCUCAGGCUGGAAAAGGAUUGUUUUGUCUAACUAAACUGCGAGGAGAACUUGCUAACACUUUAUAUGAAGUUCAGAGUUAUAUACUAAUGCAGUACGGAAUCUGGAAAAUAUGAAAGCUAAAACUUAAGGCAUCAGUUAGGUGGAGAUGUUGCACAGCUCAGCUGCCAGUGCAGAACUGGGAUCCCUGGCACAGGACUUCAUGGGAAGGAUCCUGGCAUGACCAUGAGAUACUGUCAUCUCUCCCCCUGGUUCUGUGCCACUCACCAUAUGCAUCACUCAUGAGGAAUGAGGCUGUGUGAAGAGAAACACAGCAUUCCUGUUAUUAUCCUUCUACUGUUAAAAUGAUGGGAGCAGCCAGAUGAGUGCCUUCAAUCUCCUUGCAGUGGUUUCAGGACUGUCAGGAAGGUCAUGGAGGAAAUUCUCCACGAGACACACUGUCUUCUUUCCCCUCCCCUGAAAAAGAAACGAUUUUAUUUACAAAGUUAUAAUUUUAUUUUAUUUAACUAUAUCAAUGAAUGGGUAAGUGGUCUAGCAAGAAGAAAGAUAAAGCUGCUGAGAGGACUAUGAGCUGAUGGGUAUAGGCUCAGCAGUGCUGCCUUAAGCUGUCUCACAGGCUUCUAGAUGGCCUUUCCAUCCAACUUUUUACCAAAACCACUAUUUCUAGCAUGAUGCUGUAGCACUGCAGGACUUGAGGAUUUCUCAGACCUUGCAGACCAGCAGCUCUGCACAGAUACCUUGGGAGCUGCUGCUAGGGAUACUUCUCUGAUUUACACCAUGGGUCACUGGCCAAAGCUGGGUUUAGCUUGUUUCAGCCAAGAAAAAGCCCCAGACAAGGUUUGGGAGUUGGGUUCAGUCUUUUCACACCUGAUGCUUAUGUGAUUGAAUUUUGAAGCUUGCACUGUUGUGAAUCAGGUUUUCUGGAUGCUUGUGUUUGUACAUGCUGUCCUCUGUCAGACUGUAAUGCUGGUGGGUCUGUUUUUAACCACUUUUCUAAUUGCUAAUUGGUAUGAACUGUAACAUGAAUCACCUUGAUUGAGAUAAAAUUUUGGAAAACGAAAAGAAGGUUAACUAUGUCCAUCUGUACCAAGUUGGUGGGGCUGGUGGUUUAGGGAGAUUUGGGGCUUUUCUCACCAAGUCUUCACUGAAAUCAGGGUGGAGAUUGUUGUUUUAUUUAAAGCUUGCAGCCUGCAGCUUUUAUGUAUGUUUUAAAAGGAGAAGCUGGCAGUAACCUCACUCUUGUGUUUGCAGUGGUGGCAGACAAUCCCUCUGGACUGAGGAUUGUCCUCCCUUAGGUCCUGACAGCAAAGAGACUAGCUGUGCCUUAGGGCCAGCCAUGAAAAGGCCAUGUCCAGGUGAACCCCAGUGUUGUGUCAGCCCCCAGGAGUGGGAACCAUACACACCUCCAGGGUCAUGGCCCUAUUUCUACUAACAUUCAUCCCAAAAAAGGUUUAUCAACACUGAGUCUGGGGAUUUGCUAGUCCUUGCUGCUCCAAGAGGACACACACUUGAAGACUGUUUGUGGGGGAUGAGAAAGGGGCGCCUGUUCUCAGCUUCCCUUGGGCUCACCAGAAGGUCCUUCUGACUGUCCCCACCGUCCCCAUGGUUCCCCUUUCCAGGUGGCACUGACAGCAAGGACAUGGAUGGAAUAGAUGUUUGUGGCUAUGGGAGGGCCAUGAAGGGAGCAUGUGAGACUCAUUUAGGAGCCUGCCUUACUCCACAUCACCCCCUUUGCCCCAAAUAAUGUUUUUCCUUCCCUUUCCAUUGUUACCACACAAACCAUAGCUGCCUUAUGCCAUUGGGCAUCACUAGCAGUGGCCAACCUGUACAGUGUGGCUUGAGGGUUGAGAGGGACUUCAUUUCACUCCUUUUGUAAUAAAAGACAUUUUCCCAA